AUGUCCGUGCAAAGUGUGUUGAUAGAUUUUUCCUUAGAUUCGGCUCGUUUGGCUGAUGAAAGUGGUCAAAAAUCUGUAUUUGAACAGUUGCAAACAAUGCUGAAAGAGUACAUUCCUAAUCUUUUAUUAGCCGCUGAAAUUAGUCUAGAUGGUGGAUCCCUGAAAAUUUUAACUGGAACGAAAGGUGUUACAGUUUCUAUAAGACUGUUUGACCGAGGUCUGGUUACUAUAAAUGUUGAAUAUUACAAAGACGACAGCGAAGAUCCAUUAAUCACUUUCAAGUUAGCAAAAGAAUUGGAAAGUAAGCUGAAGAAACAUAUCAAAGUAUUGAAAUCGCAGGCAUUACCGCCAUUAAAAAGAUGCUUAUUCGGUAGAUAUCUUCCAUCAUCAGAUGAAAGACUACUUGAGUAUGAUAUUGAUGCAACUCUAUUUGAUGAAGUGUCACCAUUCCAACGAGUGCAAAUUGUCCACUCCAAGAUACUUGGCAAUAUGUUGGUGCUGGAUGAUUUACAGAAUAUUUCAGAAGCGGAUCUCGUUUACACAGAAACAUUAAUGCAAAGAGGCAAAGAAAGCUACGAGGGAAAAGAAAUCGUUAUUCUCGGUGGUGGUGACGGUGCUCUUCUGUACGAACUGCUGAAGGAGAACCCUCGCUAUGUCUGGAUGUUGGAAAUAGAUGAGAUGGUGAUGAAGGCCUGCAACAAGCACCUUAAUUCCAUCUGCGGAGAUGUGCUGGAGCGGCGGAAGGGGUCUAACUAUGAGAUAAUAGUCGAAGAUUGUAUGUUAACUGUGAAGAAAUUUAUAAUGGAAAACAAGAAAGUGGACUACAUAUUCGGCGACCUGACUGACAUUCCGAUCUCUGACGCGCCUUGCGGGGAACUUUGGGAAUUUAUGAUUAACAUUUUGAACUCGGCCUUUAAAAUAUUGAAGCCAACUGGGAAGUUUAUGACUCACGGUAAUGGGGCCACAUCUUCUGAUUCCUUGGAGAUGUAUGAACAAGUGCUGAUGAAAAUGAAGCCAUCCGUCACAUUCUCCAAGACUAAAGCCUUUGUGCCUUCGUUCUAUGAGGACUGGAUAUUCUACCAGAUAGGAUUCACACAAGAAUAA